AUGCACCAUGACAAGCUUAAAAGGUGCGAGUCCAGGCAACUCCCCAAAUGGUUAAUAAACAAUAAGAAUAAGUUGCCCGGACAGUCGGUACCCCGAAAUGGGGAAAGUUCUCCUACGCAUGAUGCGGUGGCACCGCUGGGGACUGCAGACUCAGCAAUAAGUCCUGAGAGCCCGGGGAGUGGGGGUCACCCAAAAGUAAGCUCUAAGCCAGCGGAGUCAGGUCCGUAUAUGGGUACUCGUAAGCGGGUUAGGGAAAGACUAGAUCAAUCUAAACAACCUCAGUCGCCCAAGAGACCUAGAGCCACCAGGGGAGCUAAAACCAGGAAAUAUUGUGUGUGCUUACAGUCUAAUCCCAAAGGGAUGAUGGUGCAGUGCGACAUCUGUCGGGACUGGUUCCAUCCGGGGUGUGUAGGUAUAAGUGAAGACUAUGCCAAGUCGAUACCUUAA